AUGUUGCCGGUUUCGGGCGUUUGGUCGGUGGCGGCGCAGAGAAAAAGACGUCUGUAUUUUUUGGCUGCUGUCUGGCCUGAGAGAGCGCCCAAAAGGGUGAGAGCUGUAGUCCGGCGUUUCCACUUUAGUCAUGCUCUCUCGCCGGUUUCAGUCGAGCAUACACGCGCCUUUUCCUCUGUGGAGUGGCAGUACUGUGGGGCGAGGAUUUUCUUUCCCUCCGAGCUCGGCAAUUCGAAGGUGGCGUCGAGUAGUAUUGGGUUGUGCACAAAUGAUUUUGGCUUUUAUAAGGAAUUUCUUUCGUGGUAAUAGAAAAAUUGGUUAGGACGGUGCGGUUUUCGAGCUUCUUAUCAAAUAAAUUAGGGAGGAUUUUAGUCAAAAAAUGUUGAUCCUUUCAUUCAUUAUAGACAUUCGUUCUUGAAAGCUUACGGCUUCUUCGUACGAAUAUUUCAAAUUUUCACUUUUGAUACGGUUGACUUGUAAAGUGAAAAAAUUCAUGAGUGCGACAGUUCUUUUUUAAAUUUUACGAGUUUAGUUUUAUUUUAUUGCUCAGGGUUUGAUUCUAAAACAUAGAAAUUUAGGGCUUCUUCUCGAAAUGAGUGAAAUUUUAAGCUUUCAAGUUUCCUCGAGUUUUUUUUUUGACAGUCAACAUAAACGAUACUAAAGAAAAAAAAGCACAUUUUUGAUGACUCACCUUUUUUAAGCGAAGUUUUUGAUCCACUUAAUAGCGUAGAUCAGAGGUCGAAAGUAUAGUCAAAGUUUUUAAACAGCUUCAGCAAUUUUCAUACUCAUUUUCCGAAUUUUCUCCGAUUUCUUGGAAAUUUUUCAGAUUAGAUUCUUUAGGGGUUUAUGAAAAAGAUAAAUUGAAGGCUUUUAAAACUUGAAUACUUUAAACCUCUAUACGUUCGGCUUCUGGUUGUUUUAAUUUCUAGGCAACAUUUCAGAGCUUUCAAUUUUUAACAACAAAUAAAAGCGAAAUUCAUUUGUUCACAACCUGGUGCCAUCCCCGAGGCGCCACCUGACAGUGUCUUACAAGAUCAUUCAUACCUCUCUUUCUUUUUCACACUUUCUGAGCUUCAUCCUGAACCAAGUAAGCUCAAACGCACUCAACUUGAUCGUCAGAUCAUCUGAAACGAAUAUGCUGGACAUAUACUUUGUUGAAAAAGUGCUUUUCAGAAACUUUCGAAUUCAAUUCAGAAUUCAUUUGAACGGUUUUUACUUUUUGAAGUACCCAGUCAAUAAACUACCUUUUUUUUCUAUACUGAAGCUUCAACAUUUUUUUUUAAAUCAAAAGCAAUACUUAUUCCGUUCUCCAUGUUCUAUAGUAAACUAGACAGUUUCAGAAUAACUUCGAAAAAUUUUUCUUAUUUUUUUGUACAUAGAAUUUCAAAAAAAUUUGAUUCCAGCAGCUUUUUAUUGCUGAGCGUCUUGAACAUGAAGUUAUUGACCAUGGCGAACUGUAGAAGGAUUCAAAAAGCAAUAAGUUAUUAAAAUAUUAAAAGCCUUGUUGUACACAUUUGAUUGAAUUGGCAAUUUGGUUUCUCUCAUAGUGAGCUUUUCAUUGUUCGAGAUCCUCUUUACAUCAUCCAAGUCUUUCCUUCGAAAAAAUUGGUAGAACAUCAAAAACUUGUAAAUAGUUCAUUUGAAAAAAAAAAUUAGAAUAAUUCAACUUCAAGAGCACUUUUUCAACAUAGCGCUAGGUCAUCAUGUCGUUUCAACGGCCUGAGAUCAAGCUUGAGAGAUUCACUGAAGCUCAGAAAGUGGAAGAACAAGAGAGGCGUGAUUGACUUGCAAGACACUGUCAAAUUACGAGCUUGGAACUGAAAGGAAGCCUCGCUUGACAGGACUCUCACCAGGCCUAGAGCCUCCUACCAAAUUCUCGACCUCAGGCUCCACUGCACUCUGGAGCCUGAGGUCGAGGCCUCCGACUUGGGCUCUACAGCCUCCCUGUGGAGUCUGAGACUGAGGUCUCUGGCUUGGGCCCUUAAGGCCUGGACCGGAGACUCCGUCUCAGACUUCAUAGGUCUGUGGAGUUUGAGGCUGAGGUCUCUGGCUUGGGCCCAUAAGGCCCGAGCUGGAGACUCCGCCUCAGACUCCAGAGGGGGCCGGGGAGUUCGAGAUCGGUGACUCCGACCGGCAACGGAAGCUCCAAAAGAAAGUCCGGCAGCGGCUCUGACCCUGCCGGACAAAACCAAGUACAAAAGGGGGAAGAGAAUUCUUUAUUUUAUUUCAUGAAACAGAGUGUCCGGUUCGAUGCUGCCCUCGGAGUACGACGUCGUCCGGCAUCCAUCCCGUCACAUCAUUCGACCUGAAAUCCUCCCCAUUAGCCCCCUUCGACUCCCUUCCCUUAGUUCUCGGAAAUCUGGAGCGUUCUGGACGUCUGCUUCAAAUGACCCAGAAUCGAUCCUCUUCCUUGCAGUGACUCGAGUGGAAUGCCUUUCUGACUGA